AUGCAGCCGCUCCUCCACCUCGCCUCGCUCCUCGCCGCGCGCGGCCUCCGCCUCACCGUCGUCGAGACAUCCGCCACGACCCACCUCCUCGCGCCGCUCCUCGCUGAGCACCCUUCCUCGGUGCGGUCGCUCUCGUUCCCCUCCACCGUUGACCACGACACGUCGGGCCGGACCUCCGUCGGCGCCGACUUCCACGCGCACGCCGCCGCCCUGCGCGCGCCGCUCGGCGAGUGGCUGCGGUCCCACGCCCGCUCCGACUCCGAGGACGACGACGUCGCCGCAGACGGGCGAGUCGUUGCCGUGAUCUCGGAUUUCUUCUGCGGGUGGACGCAGCCGCUCGCAGCGGAGGCCGGCAUCCCGCGGCUGGUGUUCGCGCCGUCCGGCGUGCUUGCCACGGCCGCCACGCACUCGCUGUUCCGACGAAUGCCAAGGCCGCCCGAGGGCGACGCCGGGCGCGGCUACACCGUCUCGUUUCCGGCGCUGCCCGGUGCGCCGUCCUACCCGUGGCGGCAGAUCUCGCGGAUGUACAGGAGCUACGCGGAGGGCGGCCGCGACGAGCACUCCGAGGGGAUCAAGGAUAACUUCCUCUGGAACAUGGAGGGCGCGGCGUUCGUGUGCAACACCUGCCACCCUCUCGAGGGGAAGUACCUGGAGGCGCAGCCGCUUACGGACCUAGCCAGCAAGCGCGUGUGGGCAGUGGGACCGGUGGCGCCCCCGCCGGCUAGCACAGGCGAAGGCGACCCCGCCGGCGACGUCAACGCGUGGCUGGACGCGUUCCCGGACUCGUCGGUGGCGUACGUGAGCUUCGGGACCAUGAUGGUGCCGCCGCCGCCGCACGCCGCGGCGCUCGCUGCCGCGCUGGAGCGCAGCGGCACGCCGUUCGUCUGGGCCGCGGCGACGGCGACACUCCCGGAUGGGUUCGAGGACCGCGCGGUCGCGGCGGGGACCGGGCUUGUGCUCCGCGGGUGGGCGCCGCAGGUAGCCGCGCUGCGCCACCGCGCGGUGGGCUGCUUCGUCACGCACUGCGGGUGGAACUCGGUGCUGGAGGCCUGUGCGGCCGGGGUGCCGAUGCUGGCGUGGCCGAUGGCGGCCGACCAGUUCUUCAACGCGCGGCUGGUCGUGGAGGAGGCACGCGUGGCCUUGGCCGCGAGCUGGGGCGGGUUCGGCGCGGUCCCGGAAGCCGACGAGCUCGCACGCGCGUUGGCGCAGGUCGUCGGGGAGGCCGGCGCUGGCAUGAGGGCGCGCGCCGUGGAGAUCGCCGCCAGAAUGGCGGAGGCGAUAGGCGAAGGUGGCAGCUCGCGGCGGGAGCUGGAUGGGCUGGUGCAGGAGCUUGGACGCGGGAGAUAA